AUGGGUAAUUUCAACGGGAAGCGAGUCGUGUUUAUAAUAUCGUCAGUCUAUGUUCCUGUAAUCGUUAUGAUAAUUCUCCCAUUCACUGUGCCCUGGGACUUCGAAACUGUUCGGGAUGCAACUUAUAAGGAUCAUCCUACAUAUAACUUGACAAUUUAUGAACCGAUUGGCGGAUUUGCUAGUCACGACAACUUUCAAUUUAUUUUCAAUACUGGUUUAGAAGCAGCUAGUUCCUAUGUGAUUCCAGUGAUAACUGGAAUUUUAACAAAACGGAUACUGAAAAUGAUAAAUAAAAGUUCAGUAGUUUCGUCAAAAACCAAGCAGCAGUUCGAAACACUGACAUGCGGACUGGCUCUUCAAAACAUCCUACCCGCUUUUUCUUAUGUUCCACCUGCCACUGCCUGGAUCAUAAGUCAGUUUGGAGAAGUCGAAGUUUUGUGGAAUGAACACCUCCUCAUUAUAUUUAUAAGCUUCCCACCACUUUUGGAUCCUCUACUAACAUUUUAUUUUGUUGUUCCCUUUCGACAUGCAAUUUACAAUUUCAUGACUUUCAAAAAGACUGCGCAGGAUACUAUAACUACUAGUAAUCAAAGUGGAAAGUGGUUUGGACCGGUGCAGAAGAACACAAUGGUUCAGACAUUUUGA